UAUAAAUUGAAAGCAUCCGUCUCAAAUGAACAAAAGGGAAGCAAUUUCACAAAGCACUUUCACAAAAAGCUAGCUGUCUACAUUGACAGUUUGGUUCAAGAGUAACAAUGAACAACACCAUGGAUUCAAAGAAAUCAAACAAGAUCAGAGACAUUGUCAGGCUCCAACAGAUUCUCAAAAAGUGGAGAAAGAUUGCUAACUCAUCAAAAGCAAUAUCCACCGCCACCACUACCUCUUCCACCAGCAAGAGCAUCAAGUUUCUGAAGAGGACACUUUCUCUGUCUGAAAAAACAACCACUUCAUGUGAAGCCUCAAACAAUGCUGCUGUCCCAAAAGGCUACCUUGCUGUCUGUGUUGGGGAAGAGCUCAAGAGGUUUGUCAUCCCAACUGACUACUUGGGUCGGCCAGCUUUCCACAUUCUGUUGAGAGAGGCGGAGGAGGAGUUUGGGUUUCAGCAGACCGGCGUUUUGAGGAUUCCAUGUGAGGUUUCUGUGUUUGAAGGUAUUCUGAAGAUGGUGGAGGAAGACAAGGACUUGUUCUUCAAUAAUAUGGUGGGAGGUUGCUCAACAGCAUCAGAUGGCCAGCUCAACUUUUCUCACCACCUAGAAAACCCAAUGUGCAUAUAGGGUUUUGAUCUUCUUCUUCUUUUUUUCCCUUUUCUUUACUCCUCAAGAUCUUAUCUUUCAGAUGAGAAGGAGGUGAAAGAAAUCUGAAGUUGAGUUACGUAAAUUAUCUUCUGAUGCAUUUUGUCAGGCAUCCAAUCCCAAUUCAACAUCUGAUUUUCUGAGGCAUCUAAUCUACUAUUUUGGUAGCAGAACUGCUACGAUAUGGUACUGUACUUACAGCUUAUAUUAAUAAUACAUAUAUAGACUAGCACUAAACGUUAAUCAAUUAGUAAGAUAAUCACUCAUAUGGACAUCUAAUCGAAGCAGUCAUAGUCAAUAAUCUAAGAUCAUCCAUUAGAUUUGGAAAUCAAAAGGUAUCCAAUUAAAAAAAAUGAAACGUUGGGAAAAAGAGGUUGGUUCAAUCAAAAGAAAAAAGAGGCUUGGUCAAUAUUUCUCCUGGUGACACCAAUAAAAAAUGUUUAAUAACGUCUGUCAGGACAGUUUCAUGAACUUUGAAAAAGGAUAACAGCAGAUAAAUUAAAUUUGUAGAUAAAAUUUACAAAUAAAUAACGUAUCAUUAAUAAAAAUCAGCACGUUCAUCAAUGUUUAAGUAAUAAUUCAAUUAACUUUCAUAUCAUUUAAUUUACAAAAUUUAAUUUCUAUAGUAUUACUUCUUUAAAAAUACCCAUAGUACUAGCAAGUACUAUUAACACCGAAAGUGUUGUCAGAUAAUAAGAGCCUCCAGAUUUUCAAUGCUUACAUUCUACGUAAGUUUGUUGUCAGCAAACCACUCGUCUGAGUUUGCCACCUAUAUACUAAAUUAUAAGAAAAUAUUAACUCAAGUCAUGUGUACGCAUGUGUAGAUUAAUUCAGAUCCAAUAACGGUCCUAACUAGACGUACAGAGAUCGUAGCAUGGUUUAAUUAUUAUUGUAUAUAUACUCUACAGUUGGUAUCCUAUGUCUGCGAUGCAGAAAGUCGGAAACAAAAUGCUUAGUUUAAAGACUUUCGGAUGCGUAAAACAAUACUAUAUUGCAGACAUUUUGCACUUGCAUCAAGUAAUAAACACCGAAAAUCUACCAUUGGCAGAUUUUAGUUUCACAAUUUGCUCGUUCAUGUGCAUUCUUCUGUUUCAAACUUGAGGAAGCAAAGCCAUGUGUCAAUGGUGACAAUCAAGGCAAGGAAAAUGUAAGAUAUGAUGCAGUUUGAGUUGAAAAAAAUCCACAGUAAGGU